CGCCUGCAAAGAUUACAAGUCCUUGAUUGUCCUCCCUUAUAAAUCUGCAGUUGACUGGUUGGGUAACCUCACUUCCUGCUGUGGCUCAAGUUCGCCGAAGAUUGAGGGAACUUUAACUUGACAGAAAAUUUUGGACUUCACGAAAGCACCUCCACAUCCACCAUGCAGACCAUCGAGAAACUCGCGUCCAAGCUCAAGGAGACCAAAGGCGAUGAGCUUGCUCUUCCAAAGGGCUCUCUCAUCCUGGUCACCGGAGCAUCCGGUUACAUCGGCUCGCACGUCGUCAACGAGGCACUUGAAGCCGGAUACAAAGUCCGCGGCACAGCUCGCUCGCAAGAGAAAGCCGACAAGACGAAGAAAGUCUUCAACAACAAUCCCGACUACUCGACUGCGAUCGUAGAAGACUUCCAGCAUGACGGCGCUUUUGACGAGGCUGUGAAAGGCGUGGAUGCCGUGAUACAUGUGGCCAGCGACACCUCAUUCAGCGCCGACCCAAAUCAAGUCAUCAAGCCAACCCUGGAUGGUGUCCUCUCGAUCCUCAAGUCGGCCCACAAGGAGCCUUCUAUCAAGCGAUUCGUGCUCACUUCGUCUUCUACCGCUGUCAUGCUGCCGAAGCUCAACCAGGAAUUCUCGGUGACUGCUGAAGAUUGGAACCAGGAGGCGAUCGACCUGGCAUGGGCCCCGCCACCAUACGAGCAGUCCCGAGCCUUUGCAGUCUAUUCAGCAUCCAAGACGGAAGGAGAGAGGGCUUUCUGGAAGUUUGUGAAGGAGGAAAAGGUAGGCUUCACUGCAAAUGCUGUUCUACCUAACUUCAACAUGGGCAAGAUCCUGCCUGGUGGAUCGCCCGGAGCGACGGGUAGUGCAAUACCAUCUGUAGCAAAGGGAGAAAUUCCAGGAAUUGGGCCACAAUACAUGAUCGACGUGAUUGACGAUGCUCGCUUGCACAUCAUUGCCGCAGCGCUGGACCCGGCCGUCAAGAACGAGCGGAUUUUCGCCUUUAAUGUCCCUUUCAACUGGACUCAGAUCGUCAACACCAUCAAAAAAGUCCGUCCAGAUAUCACGAGCGUCGCCACACCUCCAGAAAACGAGGGCCAAGAUCUCAGCAAGGUGCCAAAUGAGCUUGGCGCCAAGCUUUUGAAAGAGUGGUAUGGUCAGGAUGGAUAUAAGUCUCUGGAGCAGAGCGUGCUUGAGAACUUGGAGGGCCAGUUGUGACGGAUUGAUUCAGACACGGCGGAGGAUUCUUCAAAGUAUGAGCAUGAGCAUCGGCAUGAUGGUUGCGACCGUUUCGCCACUCUAGCAAUCCAGUGAUCAUCCCCUUGGUUAACUCGUCGCCUCGGAGCGUUCGUCGGUUAAACUGGGAUUCUGCUCCACUUCUCAUACAAAUUCUGUCAGUGCGUACUUAUGCAAAGCGGAUCUGACCAACCAGGUCACUCGGAUCUUAUACAACAGUUCAUCGGACUUCACCCAGAAGGCGGUUGGCGGUUAAGGGGAUAGACAUCCUAGAGCGGCGUGAUUCUCCGGACUUUAGUAGUACCGCGAAGAAGCCGACCAAGGGUGUUAGCUGCUUUCCAUG